GCGGAUCCGUUCAUGCCAUUAGUCGGUCUCGGACCAUACUUUAUUCCAGUCCAUUUCCUCUCACGCGCUCAGUCAUCAAUCGAUUUUGUCCCACCCAAUUAAGCCAGAUUCAACAAUUGCCCGCCGGAUGUCGAGCCACAUUUUCCUCGGAGCGUUUGGAGCUUUAUCGCGCCAAGGGCUCUGGAAGGUGGCCGUUACAAGUGGGCAACAGCCAGAUUUGUAGAUUUUGCAGUAAAGCAGCAGAGUCCAGAUUCACUUGUUCUUCGGGAGCCGCUGCUCUCUGACAGGUGUGUCGAUCCAAGCAAAAGUGCGACUUCUCUCCCCACUACAAAACAAUCGUUCUGGGUACGUGCUCCACUGUUUGGCCGGCUUCGUGGAACAUGUGGAGCUAGGACGGAUGCAACACAAAGCUGGAACAUGAGGAGGAGCCGACACCGCGCAAGUAUGGGACUUCUUGUGCUUUGCAGAUGCCUUGUAUUCAUAGCGGUGGUGCCUGUCUGGCUGCUGGCUGCUCCGAACCCCACGCGUGAGCGUCCCUGCCCACAGAGCUGUAGAUGUGACGGCAAAAUCAUCUACUGCGAAUCCAAUGCUUUCCGUGAUGUGCCAAGCAACGUGUCAGUGGGAACACAGGGCCUCUCACUCCGUUACAACAGCCUGAUGAACCUGAGAGCCCACCAGUUUGCGGGCCUCAGUCAAUUGGUUUGGCUGUACCUCGAUCACAAUUACAUCGGCUCCGUGGACGGCCAGGCGUUCCACGGGAUACGGAGACUUAAAGAACUCAUUCUCAGCUCCAAUAAGAUCACCCUGCUCAAGAACAACACUUUCCAUGAUGUUCCAAACUUGCGAAAUCUUGACCUUUCCUACAAUAAACUGCAGAUACUCCAAGCAAAUCAGUUUGUGGGCCUACGGAAGUUACUUAGUUUACACUUGAGGUCAAAUUCUUUGAAAACUGUUCCAAUGCGGGUUUUCCUUGAGUGUCGCAACUUGGAAUUUCUAGAUAUUGGCUACAACAGGCUCCGGAGCCUCACACGUAACGCCUUCGCCGGACUCUUUAAGCUCAUCGAGCUGCAUUUGGAACACAACCAGUUUGCCAAGAUAAACUUUGCUCAUUUCCCCCGGCUGACUAAUCUGAGGGCUCUCUAUUUGCAAUGGAACCGGAUCAAACUGCUGACACAGGGCCUGUCAUGGAUGUGGACCUCCCUGCAAAAGCUAGACCUGUCUGGAAACGAGCUUCAGAUGUUGGAUCCAAGCACAUUUCAGUGCCUGCCCAACCUCCAGACCCUCAACUUGGACUCCAACAAACUAAACAAUGUGUCUCAGCAGACGGUCGAGACAUGGAUCUCACUCACUACCAUCAGUCUGGCUGGUAAUCUGUGGCACUGUAACCCCAACAUAUGCCCCCUUGUGGACUGGCUCAAGUCGUUCAAGGGAAACAAGGAGUCCACCAUGAUCUGCACUGGCCCUAAAGAGGCACAAGGAGAGAAAGUCACAGACGUGGUCGAGACCUACAACAUUUGUACAGUCACGCCAAGUCCCAUUACUUCAACAAGGCCGCCUUUCACCUCUGCAUUUCAAACAGAACAGCUGCCCUUACCCAUACGGCCUGAGGUGGACAAGACACAGGAAGAGAACAGGACAGCCUCUCCGACUCCUUCCAAAGCCUCGCCUACGGUCCCUUUACCUGACUUAGAAUAUGUGUUCUUCCAUAAGAUCAUUGCUGGUAGUGUGGCCCUCCUCUUGUCAGUAGCUAUAAUCCUACUUGUUAUCUAUGUUUCAUGGAAGCACUAUCCCAGCAGCAUCAAGCAGCUUCAGCAACGCUCCGCGGUUAAAAAGCGGCAGAAAAAGGCUCGGGAGACUGAGCGCUCUUUUAAUUCCCCUUUGCAAGAGUAUUACAUGGACUACAAGCCUUCACACUCUGAGACAAUGGAUGUUCUGGUUAAUGGGACAGGACCUUACACAUACAGCAUCUCAGGCUCCAGGGAAUGCGAGAUUCCGCUGCAGUUGAGAGCCCUGACGUGCAGUUGUGAGCCAUCAGUGCUGGACUACUGCCACGCUCACCUGCACGUCAACACGGAGCCCCCCUUUCAGGAGAUGGAUGGCCUGAAGCCGAGCAGGUACCAACAGGGCACGGUGACCGUCCUUCCCCCUCACCACUUCCCUCGCCCAGUGAGCAGCACACACUAUUAAAUAGUCAGCAGAUGUUUCAAAUGAAACACAGACCAUAUUGAUGGCAAGCAGUCCUGGUCAGGAAGCAACAGAAACAGUUAAUCUUCUGCAGAGCAUCAAGGACCCGGCCGGUCUAAUGAGGAUGAAAUAUUUCUCAAUGG